AUGGACGACCAAAGACAAAUACAGCCGGCUACCUUCCUCGAUUUAUUAAAUGCCGAGGUCGACACCUCAAUGCUUCAGCUUCUUCCCACUGAAGUUCAAUUUGAGGCUGACCUGGAUCUUAACGUUGAUCCAACAUUAGCACCUACAUUUGUUGAGCCGACUUCAACACAAGCAGUUUUUGAAGACUUUGAGGAUUUAGAGUCGAGUUAUGAGGAAGAUUUUCUUAUGAAUAUCGAUAAUCAACUCGAAACUGAAGUCGAAGAAAACGACGAAGAAGAGAUACCCGAUGGAUUCAACCAGCUCUUGUCAAAAGCAAAAGAAGCAGGACGUGAUCUUGCAAAAGGUGAACACAUCCCGAAUCUUUGGGAAAAUAUAGAUAUGGAGGAAGAAUGGAGUCAAUUCAACGUAGAGCUACGAAUUACGAGCGGGAUUGGAAAACCUACUUACAAACGAAAGGCGUGUAUUAUGAACAUGCUCAGAGGACCAAGAAGAAAGAACAUUCCACCCGAAAUUCGCACUUUGAUGGGUGAAGCUAAUCAACACUAUAUAAACAAAGAAUUUAGUGAUGCGAUCAAUGUACUCCAAGAGGUUCUGAAAAAGGACCCGAAUAUUUAUCGGGCAUGGCAUACGCUUGGACUGAUCCAUGAUGAAGUCGGCGAGCCAGUGAAGGCGUUGCAAUUAUAUUUAGUGGCUGCUCAUCUCACACCUAAAAAUGGGGAAGAAUGGAAAAGAUUGGGGUUCCUUAGCAAAAAGCAAAAUGCCUUAGAUCAAGCUAUAUAUUGCUAUUCGAAAGCUCUUAGAGUUGAUCCUUCUGACGUGGACGCAAUUUGGGAUCGAUCUGUUCUUCUAAAUGAAUCUGGACAAUACAAAAAGGCGAUUGAUGGAUUUAACCAUUUGCUAAAAAUAAUUCCACAUGAUAUGAACGUAAUAAAACAAUUAACUAGUAUUUAUACACGUAAUAACGAACUUGAGAAAGCCAUCUCAUUAUACGAAGACGCUCUCCAAUAUUAUCAAAUCAACAAUCUCUUGUCAUUAAACAAUUUAGAGGAUACCGACGGAAUUUUUAGUUUAUCCGAUGUAAAUAUUAUGGCCGAACUAUACUUCUCUGUUGGUGAAUAUCAGAAAGCCAUUGAGUGUAUAAAGAGUGCGGUUAGGUGGCUACAAGGACGAGAAAAUGAAAAAUGUGGCUUAUACGCUGGUGGCUCAAAAGAGCCUUUGCCAAUGGAGUUGAGGGUAAAGUUGGGACAGUGCCGAUUGAUGUUAGAUCAAAUUGAAGAAGGAAAGUUUCAUUUCAACUAUCUAUUUGAAAAUUCUGUUAAUCAAUAUCUGGACUUGUACUAUGAAGUAGCAGAAACUUUUAUUGAGAAGUCUCUAUUCAAUGACGCGCUUAAUGUAUAUGAAAUGAUCAUUGCCGACAAAACAGUUGAUAGUUCGAUCACAUGGUCACAAAUGGGAUUGUGUCAUCGAGAAUUAGGAAAUUUGGAUAUUGCCGCAGAGUUUUAUAAUAUUGCGAUUAAGAAAAAUCCGGGGAAUUUAGAAAUAACAAUCAUUCUUGCUGAGAUCUAUGAGGAAAUGGGUGAAAAUAAAAAAGCAUUAGAAAUAGUGAAUCAAGGCAUGCCAAAUGAAUUUUUCCAAGUCUAUAUAUUAUCUGAUCGAAUAACAGUGGAAAUUGAUUUUUUUUCUCAAACAAUAUUUUAUCAUCUAGUUUUAGCAGCUCGAAAUACUCAUCAUCCUUCAACAAUUGAAUCAUCUUUAAAUACUUAUGGAAAUAAUAAUUUUACGGACCAAGCAGAAAUACAACAAAUCCAAGACUACUCAUUAUCACAACAAGCUGACACUAAUAAAGUCUCCAUAAUAAAAAAAAGGCAAGAGGCAAAAUCAAUCGCGUAUGCUAAAGCACAGGAAGCACGACAAGCCAAAGAAGCUGAAAAGCAAGCAGAGAUAUUAAUGCUUUUUCAUAAGCUGGAUCUCUUGAGUGCACGUUCUGCGUUGGGCGAUCAAGAGGCACUCGAUGAAUAUUUUACGACUGCACGACUCAUAAUGCAAGAAUGGAAAAAUACAAAAGCGUUCUAUCCUAAGGAUCGGAUGAAACGAUUUACUGGGAUACCACAUCGGCGUGGAGCUCGUCGGAAAAAUGUGUUUGGUGCAGCUGAUGAUACUGUCGAUGCUGAUAUCGAAGAAACCGCAAAAAAUAUGGCAAAGAGACUAAAACGACAAAUCGCCGGAUUUGCAGACGAUGAUGGCGCUCCAGGAUUCGAUAUUAAUCGCACCCAAUUUCUCGGCAAAUCUUUUCAAGAUUGGCUCGAGUUCUUCAUAAAGUAUGCGAUUACCGCUGUGACUAAUGGAAAUGAAAAAGAAGCAUACGAGGUUCUCAAAGCUGCUUGUGCAGCUAACGUAUUCUAUCAUAAUGAAGGUCGAAGAUUCGUGUUAAAAAUGUUAUUGAUGGCAUGUGGUCUUUAUAGUGAGAAUUACGAAAUCGUGUGUGAAUGUGCCAGAUGGCUUUGUACGAACACUCAAUUCCGUAGCAACGUGUAUCAAAUUUAUUGCGCGUCUAUGACGAGUGGAACAAAAGCAGUAGAGAAUUUUGCUUCUGCUAACUCACAAAAAUAUUUUAUACGGCAAAUUAAAGCUAUGCAUUAUGCUAUUGAAGGAAAGAAAAACAAUACAGGAAUCAACUCUUUUUCCAUGCCGCAAAAUCAGGAAACAUCCGAGCAGCAUAAACAACAACCAAACAAUAAUAGCACAUUUCAGCCUACGAAACGGAAUGCCGCCUUACUUGUAUUAUAUGGGCAUAUCCUAGCAUGUGCAAGAAGCUAUGUCUUUGCAAUUGGAUAUUAUUUACAGGCGCAUUCACUUGUUCCCGAUGACCCAUUAAUCAAUCUCUGUUUAGGAAUCGCGUAUCUUCAUAUGUCGAUGCAACGGCAAUCUGAUAAUCGUCAUCUUCAAAUCAUGCAGGGAUUUACUUUCUUAUUAAAGUAUUAUGAUUUGCAAACAGGUAAACAAGAAGCAGAAUAUAAUCUUGGGCGAGCUUUUCAUCACUUGGGGCUCUUCCAUCUCGCUGUACAAUGCUACGAACAAGUACUUAAAUUGCCCUCGUUACGGAAACAAUUAAUGCAAGAAGGAAAUCAGCGCGAGUCCGAAAUAGAAACCGUGGAUCCCCGGGAUUAG